AUGGCAGGCGCUACGAACAAUUUUAGUGACUCUGCUCGAAUUGGACAAGUUGUUGCCAUAAAGCGUGCACAAGAGGGUUCCCUGCAAGGUGAGAAGGAGUUUCUUACAGAAAUAGAAUUGCUGUCAAGGCUACAUCACCGCAACCUUGUGUCUCUUAUUGGAUACUGUGAUGAAAAGGGUGAACAGGUUCAUGUUCGAAACCAAAAGCUUUGUGUAACUGAGAGCAAUUUUCUAUUUCCAAUUCUUCCACACUGGCAACUACUGAAUUUGAACCUUUCUGGAACUUUGGCACCAGAGAUCGGCAACUUGUCUUAUUUGGAAAUAGUGGACUUUAUGUGGAAUGACAUUACUGGGAGUAUACCGAAGGAGAUUGGCAAUAUCAAAACUUUGAAACUCUUACUCCUGAGUGAAAAUAAACUAACAAAUGAUCUGCCUGAUGAGCUUGGCCAUCUUCCAGCGCUGGAGAGAAUGCAAAUUGAUGAGAACAUUAUUACAGGAUCCAUACCACUAUCAUUUGCAAACCUGAACAGCAAAAAACACUUCCACAUGAACAACAAUUCACUUAGUGGACAAAUCCCAGCACAGCUUUCCCAAUUAGGAAGCCUUAUUCACCUUCUUCUUGACAUCAAUAACUUGACAGGAAAUCUCCCAUCCGAGCUCUCUGAGAUGCCAAGCUUAACGAUACUGUAUGAUUGA